AGAGAGACGGAAAUUACAGUAGCGCCUGUCCCUAACGAAGCUAGAUAAACAAACAAAAGCAAGACAUUUUAUCACAUAAAUGUAGGAGUCUGAGCUAAUUUUGACGCGUCUCUAUGUAUAUCGGUAACAACUUGUUCCCGUGAAUCCUCAAUAAGUGAGGCAAAGAAGAGCUAGCAUUAUUAUCGCUAAGUUAGCUGGCAGGCUAUGUAGCUAACUGUGGUUAGCUCGUCAUGUUUAUUUUAGUGCUGGGGCGAAGGAGCGCGACAUGAUGGCAUGAAACUGUUGCACUGUUAGCAAGUAGCUAUCCUCUCGCUUAAAGAUUGGAAGGUUGUGGGAAACUUGGCGCAAGUUUGAACCGUAACUGCACUCCGAAAGAUCUGCUAACCGUCACCAUGGCGUGGGCUCUGAAGCUGCCUCUCACGGAUGAGGUGAUCGAGUCCGGACUGGUCCAGGACUUUGAUGCCAGUCUGUCGGGCAUUGGCCAGGAGCUCGGUGCUGGGGCAUACAGCAUGAGCGACGUGCUGGCCCUCCCCAUCUUCAAACAGGAGGAGUCCAACCUGCCUCCAGACAGCGACAACAAGAUCCUUCCCUUUCAGUAUGUUCUGUGUGCAGCUACCUCGCCAGCCGUUAAACUGCACGAUGAAACACUCACCUACCUCAACCAAGGGCAGUCCUAUGAAAUUAGAAUGCUUGACAAUCGGAAAAUUGGGGAACUUCCGGAAAUCACUGAUAAAAUGGUGAAGAGCAUCAUCCGUGUGGUGUUUCAUGACAGACGACUUCAGUACACGGAGCACCAGCAGCUGGAGGGCUGGCGCUGGAACAGGCCCGGAGAUCGCAUCCUCGACCUGGAUAUCCCCAUGUCCGUCGGCAUAAUCGACCCCCGGGCUAACCCUACUCAGCUUAACACUGUGGAGUUCCUUUGGGACCCAUCAAAAAGAACCUCAGUUUUUAUCCAGGUACACUGCAUCAGCACAGAAUUCACCAUGCGCAAGCAUGGAGGGGAAAAGGGCGUCCCUUUCCGAAUCCAGAUAGACACGUUUAAAGAGAACGAGAAUGAAGAGUAUACAGAACACCUCCACUCGGCCUCCUGCCAGUUCAAAGUCUUCAAGCCUAAAGGUGCGGACAGAAAGCAGAAGACUGACAGGGAGAAGAUGGAGAAGAGGGCGCCACAGGAAAAAGAAAAGUAUCAGCCCUCCUAUGAAACCACAAUCCUGACAGAGUGCUGUCCCUGGCCGGAGGUCACAUACGUCCCCAACUCCCCGUCUCCUGGCUUCAACAGCACCCCCAACAGCUUCCCAGUGCUAGAAGGAAAUGGAUCGCCGACCCACCAGCCUGAGCCUGUGGUUCAGGUAGCAGAUAAUUUGUUACCCACAGCAACACCACAGGAUGCACAACAGUGGCUCUUAAGAAACCGCUUCUCACCUUUCUCUCGGCUCUUCACCAACUUCUCAGGGGCAGAUCUGUUGAAGCUGACCAGGGAGGAUGUCAUUCAGAUCUGUGGUCCAGCUGAUGGUAUCAGACUCUUCAAUGCAUUGAAGGGACGGGUGGUGCGCCCGAGGCUGACCAUUUACGUCUGCCAGGAGUCUCAGCAGGCGAGGGAGCAGCAACCCAAACAUGAAAACGGAGACGCUGCCGCCAACACGUUCUUUGUAUAUCACGCCAUUUACCUGGAGGAGCUCACAUCUGCUGAGCUGACGGAGAAGCUCGCCCAGCUCUUCAACAUCUCACCCAGGCAGAUAAAUCAGAUCUUCAAACAGGGUCCCACCGGCAUCCAUGUGCUGGUCAGUGACGAUAUGAUUCAGAACUUCCAGGAUGAAGUAUGUUUCGUUUUGGACACAAUGAAAGAUGACACGAACGAUGGCUACCACAUCAUCUUGAAGUGAAUACUGCGCAGGAGAGUAGCGCUGUUCUCUUCUUUAGACCCGAUCCAGUCAGCCCCUCUAGAGCUUCAUAUUCUUCGCUGUUCCUGGAAUACAUGGGGACGCCCCCGAGAAACGUCUCGAGGCUGCUAGGAGGACCGUGUGACUAAAGCACCUGGCCCUCUCCUCACUCUACCUUAUUGUCUUACUUAUGAGGUAGUGACUGUUACCACAGUGAAGUGAACAAUCUCCUUGUCGCCCUGCCAUUGUCUCCCUUAAGUGGUUGCGUUUUCCUUGAUUGCUUAUGUCUCGUGAAAGACAUGUUCAGCACUACAGCUGCCAUCACUGUUUAUUUGUUAGCUGAGCGUCUGGCGUGCCAAAGCUCUGUGCUUCAGAAACAGUUUGUCAUCUCUUUAAAAACCAACAACCAAAUAUGCAAAAUAGACAUAAAAACGACAUAAAGUUACUCUGACAGUACUUGACUUUCAGCCUGCCAUGCAGCGUGAUUGCUCCUCUUCAUGCUAGGUUGAGCUUACUGGGAUCCACUGAAGCCAGUCUGCAAGAAAUGCGGUAUAGCAAACACAAUCACACACAUCAAAGAACCCCGAGAGGCAUCAACUCAGUAAUCAGGACAUUAAGGCGAAACGGUUGGAAUCCAGCUGUCCUCAAUCACAUCCGUUAGUCCUUUGAAAGUGAACAAUGUCAGUCUUUCACUGGUUUGAAAUGUUACUUUUGAGGAAGAAAAAGCUUUUUUUUCCGGACUCCCAAACACUGUAAAAUCCUUGUAGUUGGUGUAGAGCGCAUACUGGCGCUCGUGGUUGUUACCGAUGAUGAUGAUGAUGAUGAUGAAGAAACACUGUCUGUGUUAGUGAUCUCAGUGGCUACACCAUCAAGCUGUCUCCUGUCCACGUGUUUUAAACAUUAUUUGUAAAUAGAUCAUUAUUUUAAAAUGUUUUCAUAAGGAAUCACAUGUUUCUUUGGCAGUUAAAAUAAUUGUUUUUGGACGUUGCCACAUCCAAACACUACAUGUAAUUGAGCUGUUGGUCACAUCAGAGCUGCAUGUAAGGAGAUAUGGUUAGUUUAUGUUCAGUCCAUUGUACUGCUUUAAUGAAAUUGAAAUUUUAGAUCCCAAUUUUAGCCCCAUAUUGUCAGCAUUAUUAAAAUGCUUACCCAUGUACUGGCCACCAUCUGUUGUCUGUGUCCUUGAGGUGUUUGC